AUGUGGCUGCUCUUCUUCUUGAUUUCUUUCGUGUCUGGUGACCUUCGCUGCUGGACAAGGUGCCGAUCGCCAGAAUGUGAAAUUGACGACAAGGGCAUCCCGCAUUGUAUGGAGCACAUUGCCAAGAUUGAAGUUGACGCAUCAUCCCUAACUGUCAAGACGACCUCUUUCGGAGUCCUGCUCAUGCUCAUCGCCCUCGUCUUUGGCCUCCUCUUCCUACUGUACCUCAUCAACCUACUAAUCGAAAAAAGACGCGGCCGCCGACUCGGGCACGGACCCCCUUUAUUGGCAAUCGAA